AUGAAUGAAAAAAUUUUUAGCGGAUCAUCACCUGGAUAUUCUGAAGAUCUAGUACAUAACUAUCUGCAAGUGCCAAAAGUGCAAUCGCCAGCAUCAGGUAGAUCCAGUCCAUCUGUUGUCAGCAUGCAAUCAGAUCCGGAAUCAUGCAUAGAAGAUGUACGUUUCUCGGAUGAUCUCAUCGAAACUGAAGUUGUGGGUAAGACUAAGAAUAAACCUGGAAUCAAUCAGCUUUUAAAAUGCGCAAUCCUUUUACAGUAA